UGGCCCGCGGAGGAAUCACACAGCGGGGGCGGGGCAUUGCCACGGAGCGUGCGUGGGAGGGGUGCGCGUCAGGGCGCGUGUUGAAAAAGAGGAGUACUGCCAACGUUUGGCUCACAUCGGCAGUCAAGAGAGACCACGUUGGACACACGGGUCCCCCUCCCACGCCAAGCAUCACUUGCAUCCAUCACAGGAGUUGACACGGACAUGGCGACCAUCACCACUACGCAUACCUCCUUCACCUUUGCGCUCACCGAGAGACGCGCCGGUUUGAGCGCGCAGGACUGCUCGCUCCCGGCCGUACACGCCAGCAGCGGGGCGGCGGCGGCCCACCAGAACCGAAGCAAAGUGCUGAAGAGACAGCGCUCCAACUCGCCCGAGCUGCUGCGCUGCAAGCGGCGCCUCAGCUUCACCGGCCUGGGCUACUCCAUCCCUCAGCAGCAGCCGGUGGCCGUGGCGCGGCGGAAUGAACGUGAGCGGAACCGGGUCAAGCAGGUCAACAUGGGCUUCCAGACGUUGCGCCAGCAUGUGCCCAACGGGGCCGCCAACAAGAAGAUGAGCAAGGUGGAGACUCUGCGCUCCGCGGUGGAGUACAUAAGGGCUUUGCAGCAGCUUUUAGACGAGCACGACGCGGUGUCGGCGGCGUUCCAGUGCGGCUUGCCCUCACCGACGCUUUCCAACACCUACUCAGCCGACCCGGAGUCGCCUCACUCCGCGUACUCGUCGGACGAAGGCGGCUACGAGCCCCUGAGCUCCGAGGAGCAGGAGUUGUUGGACUUCACCACCUGGUUCGACCGGUACUGAUGCAGCAGCAGAGCCCCACGGCGGUACACGUCCGUGCGUAAAAGCCAGGGACCGAGACUGGACACUAGCCUGUGACUCCCUCCAUCACCUGACUGCCUCUGCAUGGGAAGCAGCCAAGCAAUAAUGACAGCAGAGGAGAAGCCGGAUGGGAUGGACCUCCACCUCCACCUCCACCCCUGCUGCAUACAAAGUGAAGGAGUUGGACUGUGUCAUGUUGACGCUGAAGUAAAACUGCUGAAUAAGUGCAAUUAAUGGGUGACACAGCGUCCUGGAAGAUGAUGAGUCAGCAAACUUAUCUUCACAUGGUGUAUACAUUUCUUACUUGUCAUUCACUGUCAUAUGAAGACAUAUUUUUCUACACUCAUAUCUGUCAUGGAUGAAGUUUUGUAAGCGUGUGACCUGACAGCAAUAUCAUGGCUACUACCUGGGACAGAUUGUAGUUUAUCCUCUAGGACUGGGGUGUCCAAAGUUUUUCCACCGAAGGCCACAUACUGAAAAAUCCAAGGAUGCAUGCAUUGAAAAAAAAAAUCCAAUAUGCUAACACGUAAAAUAUAUUUAAAGAUAAAAAGCUUUCUUGACAGCUUUGUCAACAUUUCAACUUUUCCCUCUUAUGUUAUGCAUUUUUUGCUCUUUUUUUUUAACCUCUUUUUACAUUUUUUUAGGAAUUGUAUGUUUAGAAUGAGCUGCAGGCCACACUUUGGACACCCCUGCUAUAGGAGAUCUUUAUUGAUGUAUGCACUUGUUCUCCGCUUCCGGUAGCCUCAAAUGUAAAUAUUCGAUUUUAACAGAUAUAUUUUGUGUAAAACCUCUUUUGUAAUAAAUAAAUAAUCUAUUUAUAUUAAAUGCUUGUGUUGGUUUGGUUCCAUCUGUGCGCAACCUAUGGAGUGCUUCUAUACCCCCCACCCUUUUUCCGUGACCUUUAAUUGGGCCCUCAAUAAGCAUCAGAGACGUGCACCUUCCACC